AUGCAUCCUCCUCCUCCUCCUCCUCCUCCUCCUCCUCCUCCUCCUCCUCCUCCUCCCUCUCCUCCUCCUACUUUCGCUGCCCCCUUGUUCUCCCACCGUGCCUCUUCCCUCCUCACCUCUCCUCACCUCCCCUCACCUGUCAUCACCUCUCAUCACCUCUCAACACCGCUCCUCACCCCCUCAGGCUACGUGGCGCUGAUUGGCCAGCCCAACGCGGGCAAGAGCACGCUGCUGAACCGCCUCAUCGGGCAGAAGCUGUCGAUCGUCACGCAGAAGCCGCAGACCACCCGCCACCGCAUCCUGGGGCUCGUCUCUGCGCCUGCGUACCAGAUCAUUCUGUACGACACGCCUAGGGUGCUCUCCAAGUCAAUGCACGAGCCUAUCAUUCUGUACGACACGCCCGGGGUGCUCUCCAAGUCAAUGCACAAGCCGGUCGAGCUCAUGAUGCCGUGGGUACUAUCCAAGUCGAUGCACAAACUGGACGAGCUCAUGAUGCAGGCAGUGCGCACAGCCACAGUCAACGCGGACGCUGUUGUCCUCGUUAUAGACAUCACCCAGGCGCCGCAAGAGGUAUCGAAGCUGCUACUGGAGGGGAUGGAGAGUGCAGUGGUGCAGAAGAAGCCGACUCUCAUCGUGCUGAACAAGAAGGACUCGCUCAAGCCGGGGGAAGUCGCCAAGAAACUCAAGUGGUACCAGGAGGAAGUGGCAGCAGAUGGGCACACAGUGAUCGCUCUGAGUGCCAAGAGGGGCGACGGGGUGGAUGGGCUGCUGGCGUGGAUGCUGGACAACAUUCCCCAAGGCCCUGCAUACUACCCUAAGGACGUGGUGAGCGAGCUACCAGAGCGGUUCUUUGUGGCGGAGAUAGUGAGGGAGAAGAUUCUGCUGCAGUACUCACAGGAAGUGCCGUACGCCUCCCAGGGAGAAGAUUCUGCUGCAGUACUCUCAAGAAGUGCCGUAUGCUUCCCAGGUGCGGUGAGAGGGAUGGGGGAUGGGGUGGGGAUGGGGGAUGGGGUGGGGAGGGGGGGGAGGCGUGGGGAUGGGGGGGAAGGCGUGGGGAUGUGGGGGAAGGCGUGGGGAUGGGGGGGAAGGCGUGGGGAUGGGGGGGAAGGCGUGGGGAUGGGGGUGAAGGCGUGGGGAUGGGGGGGAAGGCGUGGGGAUGGUGGGGAAGGCGUGGGGUGGGGAUGGGGGGGAAGGCGUGGGGAUGGGGGGGAAGGCGUGGGGAUGGGGGGGAAGGCGUGGGGAUGGGGGGGAAGGCGUGGGGGAAGGCGUGGGGAAGGCGUGGGGAAGGCGUGGGGAAGGCGUGGGGAAGGCGUGGGGGUCAGGGCUCUUCCUGCUGCAGUACUCUCAGGAAGUGCCGUGACAGUGCGAGCGUUCAGGGAGAGGGAGAAGGCAAAGGACUACAUCAGCCUUGAUAUCAUGGUGGAGCGGGACAGCCAGAAGGCGAUUCUGCUGGGGAAGCCAGCUGGCUGGCCGAGGUUGCUCCCGGCGAGGGCGCUACCUGCAGUGGCGUUACGAGCGCGAAUAGCGCUGACGCCGCCGCAUGACAAUCUGCUCGCGGUUUCUGAGAGAACUUGCUCGGAGGGCUCAUCGGCAUGGAGUCAAACGACUCCUGGAGAAUCCGCUCAAGGCUCUGCAGGGAUGACGCCAGCGACCAUAGGCGGGCUAGGGUCGCCGUGGGAACUUCCUUCAUCGGCGGAAGUAACGCAGACGCGCGGACACAGUGAGACGACACGGCGAGAUCACGCGGAGCAGGAAGAGGACGCGGCGGAGCAAACUGAGCCCACGGCGACCCGCCACCAGCACCUACAAAGCCCAUCCCCGCAGGCAGCGGCCGCUCUGAAUGCGCCGGGGAUCCAAAGGGAUUAUGGGGCAGGCGCGCGGAGAGAGGGACGACGGGAGCAGCGCGAGGAGCUGAUGGUGACGCCGACCCCGCACGCGAGCGACGAAGCUCCUUCUCCACAUCAUCAAGCCUAUCCAGAAGACGGCGCUCCAUUGCGGACGACGCUGGACACGCUUUUCCGCCGCGACUGUCACCGCCCCGUCGCCCACGACGCGCACGCCCACUUGCGCUCGAGCGCACAUGCGACUGCCGGCGAGAUGGGCCCCGCUGACGCUGGCGGCCAGGAAAAUGGUCCCCGCGACGAGGGGAGUAGAGCCGUUGGCGCUUUGCAGGAGGGGGCGAACGCGGAGCUGUGGGCCGACGCCCAGACGUCUGGCGGGCAGGCGACCGCUGGCGAGAUGAACUGUGAGGGGGCGAACGAUGACGAUGCGAACGGCGGUCACGGGAUCGGCUUCGCGACGCCACGCGACGAGGCGAACGAGGCGACAACGGCGAACGGGCCGUACUGUGACGAUCAUCGCGGCGGCUCUCCCGCUUAUCGUCGCGAGCUGCCGAUGAGCGACGUCGAGGCGAACGCUCCAGGUGCGCCACACCCUUCGCGCUGGAGCGCAAGAUGGACCCCGUGCGCGGGGGCUCCCGCGGUGACAAGGACCUGCCCGCGCGCGGAGCCAACUCGCGCCGCUGGUCCUCGAAGCGGCGGCGGAUCUGAUCAGCGGACGCCGGCGGAGCAACAGGCACGCUCGUGGCAGGGCGUGCAGGAGGAAGCGGACGGGGAGCAGGAUCGCUCUCCGCGGUGUAGUCGCGGCCAAGAGCGCCAAGGAAAUCCAUUGGCCAACGCUCAAGACGCUCCACUAGCACACGAGGAGCCGACAACGCCGAUCUCCCAGGCGCAACAGGCGGAACAUGUGGCAGCUACCCCGCGGAGCGGACGGGGAAGCACGCGGGGGAGAGGCGGGUGA